AUGGAUCCCGUCGAAAAUCAGUCGACUGCUGCGAAAUCUAAUAGCGGCGAUUAUUACAUAACAUGGGACGACUUGACUCCGAGUAGCAACGAAUCCCGGUUGAGUGCAGAUAAUGGCGAGAAUCAGACGAGGAUCAUCGUGGUCAACAGUAAAGGCGGCGGAGAUUCUUUGACCGUGCAAGGCGCCGUGGACAUGGUGCCGGAGAACAACUCCCAGAGAGUGAAAAUCCACAUUCUCCCCGGAGUUUACAUGGAAAAGGUUCUCGUCCCUUUAUCGAAACCGUACAUCUCGUUUAUUGGGGACCAGAACAAAAGCGACCAGACAGUUAUAACUUGGCACAGCAAGGCCUCGGACAGAACCAAAAACGGAAGUGUUGUGGGAACUUGGAACUCGGCCACCGUCACUGUCGAAUCCAAUUAUUUUUGCGCGUCUCAUGUCACUAUUGAGAAUUCGAUAGACUGCAACGGGACAGCUAGUGAAGGAUAUCAAGCGGUGGCUCUGAGACUAUCGAGCAAUCGAAGCAUGUUCUACAAAGUCCGGUUCCUAGGCUCACAGGACACGCUUCUGGACGAAUACGGGACACACUAUUUUCUCAAGUGUUUUAUCCAGGGCUCGGUCGAUUUCAUAUUUGGAUAUGCAACAUCACUCUACCAGGGAUGCAACAUCUCUGUGGUGGAGAAUCCAUAUGCUAUAGUAGCCCAGAGUCGAGACUCGGGAAACGAGAACACGGGCUUCUCGUUCGUGAACUGCACUGUGACCGGGGAUGGGCCCGUCUACCUGGGCCGCGCUUGGGGAAACUAUUCGCGUACCAUAUUUUCGUAUACCGAGUUCGAUAUCGAUGUAUAUUCCGAGGGCUGGAGUGAUUGGGGAGCCCCAUAUAGGGACAGAAUGGUGGUAUUUGGAGAAUAUGAGUGCAGUGGGAGGGGAGCAAACAGAACAGGGAGAGUGCCUUAUUCUAAAGAGCUGAGUUUUGUGGAGGCAAUGCCAUAUCUUAGUACAUCAUUCAUAAGUGGGGAGCUUUGGCUAAGACUUUAG